CCCUUGGACUCAGUUGCGAAGAAGAGACGUUUGAUCGGUACACAAACAACACAACAAUGUCCAACUCUGAUCGCCUUCCCGAUUACCCGCUCAACUCAGAUUUAGUGAAGAGAUUAAAGUCUGCUCUGGACGCCAGGGAUGAGGAGAGAGUGAGCCGCCUGAUCUGUGCUGAAGUGAGGCCCGUGGACGCCGUGAUAGAAGUGGCCAACGACGACUGGAUGAAAGACCCCUCGGCCCAGCUGCCCCCCAGCGUGCUCGUAGGUCUCUGGACCCUGGAGUACAAGCGUGAGCUCACCACGCCGCGGCGCACUGUGCAGGCGCUGCUCAACCACGGCUCCCCCAGCGUGUGGCCCGACGCCUUCCCCAAGGUGCUGAAGACCUGCGCGCCAGCCCCCACGGUGAUCGAGACUCUCUUCAACUCCUACCCUCAGCUCCGGGUGUCCGAGUCCUGGCAGGAAGUGAUUCCUGAGGAAGUGUUUCUGACGCACCAGACCUUCUACCGGUCCUUCUUCGCUCUGGCCCGCGCCCCGCGCUGUCUGCAGCACCUGUGCCGUGGUGCCAUCCGGAAGCUGUUGGGCAAGAAGUGCUUUCACCUCGUGCCCCUGCUGCCCUUGCCAACGUCCCUGCAAAAUUACCUCCUUUUGGAGCCAGAAGGUGUUUUGCAUUGAAAACCAGAGGGCUGGGACCGAGACUCUGGUUCUCACGGCUGGCUGUCCGUAGAGGCAGUGCGCUGAGGGGCGCACCCCGGGGGGCGGCACCUGCCAUGGCCCCUGGCGGCCGCCCAGCCCUCACUGAGAGUCCCCGCCGCUCUGGCACGGAACUGCUCACAACGGGCCGGGUUGCAGUCCUUGUAUCAGAAAGUACUUCUCAGCGGAAAUUGAACUAAAAGAUACACAUAUUUUCCCCAACGUUUGUCUCCUGCCUGCAAUGGGUUAACAGCACCCGUGACGCCCCUCGGCCGCCAGACCCUCCGCCUCUUGGGAGAUGUCCCCCCCCCUCCUGGAGCCUGGCCACCCGGAAAAGCUCUGUGCCCAACACGUGAGGGGGUGCAUGCUGACAGAGGACACCUGCUUCCAUAACAACGCGCCUUUCUGGAGCCCCCGGGUGCUUCCCAGCACAUUACGGUCCCCAAGUGCCUAAAGGACACUGGAGGGGUGGCGAGCCCAGCGCUUUGAUCCGUGUGAGUCUUCUGUCCCUCCGCAAAGCCCGGAUGGUCCAGCUGUGGCAAACUGCAGGCCCGGCCCCAGGAGCAGACGCGGGUUGGUCGAGGCCCCCCUCAGGCCACCAGCCUCAGCAUCACAUCAACAGAGAGGAGUUCUAAGUGUCUGGACUGUAGCGACCGUGUCUUACGUCCUCGCCGAGCCUGGAGGGGCUGCCCCUCCCGGUUAGCCAGCUCCUCGGGACAGCCAGCGGUUCACCCCCGAGCCUGCUUCUCAAAUGCAACCCCGCCAGUCCAGAACUCCCCCCCCACCUCCUCUACGGGACUGUCACGGUCCUGCCUCUGUCCACCUGUCCUACGGGCCCCAGAGCUGGGUGCCAGACAGGUAGGGACAGCCCUCAUACCGCAGCACCUGCUGAAAUGGUCCAAACUCGCAGAAGCCGACCCUAAGCGUGUCCGCCCGCCCGCCUGUUCUUUCCAGGGAAACCACCAUCCAGGCGUUUCUCCACACCCCUUCCCCCAGCCUCCUGGCCAACCCUGGGGCUUCCCCACGUGCCCCCCACCGUGGCACGCCGUGUCCCUUCUGGGAAUGGUGAAUAAUAAACGAUCUUUUCAUGGC